AUUCUGCCUCCGGCUGUCUUUUGGCGGGAGGUUUAUCGGGCGGGGUCAGGGGUCGGAGUGCGGCCUCGGGCUCGGGCUCGGGCUCGCUGGACGCAGGCGGCGGCGGCGGAGUGGAGGAUGCACAGCCUGGCAGCGGGUGCGCCAGUUACUGCACUGGCCCAGGUGGAUCGAGAGAAGAUUUAUCAGUGGAUCAAUGAACUGUCGAGCCCCGAGACCCGUGAGAAUGCCCUGUUGGAACUCAGCAAAAAGCGCGAGUCCGUUCCCGACCUGGCACCGAUGCUCUGGCACUCAUUUGGAACCAUUGCAGCCCUACUGCAGGAGAUUGUAAAUAUUUACCCUUCUAUCAACCCUCCAACUCUGACAGCUCAUCAGUCUAACCGUGUGUGUAACGCACUAGCAUUAUUACAAUGUGUUGCUUCACAUCCAGAAACCAGGUCAGCAUUCCUUGCAGCUCACAUCCCCCUCUUCCUCUAUCCAUUCUUGCACACUGUAAGCAAAACAAGACCCUUCGAGUAUCUGCGACUCACCAGCCUGGGUGUCAUAGGAGCCUUGGUAAAAACAGAUGAACAAGAAGUCAUCAACUUCCUUUUGACAACUGAAAUUAUUCCUCUCUGUCUUCGUAUCAUGGAGUCAGGAAGCGAAUUGUCGAAAACGGUUGCAACUUUCAUUCUACAGAAGAUUCUUUUGGACGACACAGGACUGGCUUAUAUCUGUCAAACCUACGAACGAUUCUCUCACGUGGCCAUGAUCCUGGGUAAGAUGGUGCUCCAGCUGUCCAAAGAGCCUUCGGCCAGGUUGUUGAAGCAUGUUGUCCGAUGCUACCUCCGUCUCUCUGACAACCCACGGGCAAGGGAGGCACUGCGGCAGUGCCUGCCCGACCAGUUGAAGGACACCACCUUUGCCCAGGUGCUGAAGGAUGACACCACCACGAAACGCUGGCUGGCCCAACUGGUUAAGAACCUCCAGGAGGGGCAGGUCACUGAUCCUCGGGGAAUCCCGUUGCCUCCUCAGUGACCACCCACGUGCCCCAGUUCGUCUGGCUGGAACAUCUCGUUGCUACUAUGGUGGUGAGGGGGUGGGACAGCGUUACGUUUGUGCGCCUGCCUCUCUCUCCGAGAUGUUUGCAAGGAGGAUUGUAGCAGAUCGGGAGCCCCCAUCUCUGUUGCCCUGUCAGCUGAUGGGUGACACAGCACUGCAGGGAGGCUGGCUGAGCAGUCACACGGAGAAGAAUGCUGGGUUAUUCGUGGGCGUGCUUCAUGUGGGAAGCCAGACUGAGAUUCACCAAGGAUAGCUGAACAGUUUGCUUUUAUUCCUCUCCUCAUGUCUCUUGUGGGAUACUUUAUUUUUGGUGUGCCACAUUAGUGCAGCAGUUAUUGUGACACUAUUAUAGCUCGGGACAUUGGAGUUCCAUUCCAGCAUCCUCUAGCAAGAUUGUACGUUCCUUCCUACGUGUGCAUGGAUUUCCUCUGGGUGCUCCGGAUUCCUCCCACAGUUCAAAGACGUACUGGUUAGUAGGUUAAUUGGUCAUUUUAAUUGUCUUGUGAUCAGUCUAGGGUUAAAUAGGUGGGUUGCCGGGUGGUGCAGCUUGGUGGGCCAGAACGGCCUUUACCACACUGUAUCUCCAAAUAAAAAUAAAUAAAUUUUGGUACACCUUCUAGAAUGUAGCUGUCCCUUUCCCAUGAGCUGAUCCACGGACAACUCAUCUGGACUGUGAGGGAUCCUGGGUUUUGAACUUUCUACCUUUGCAUAUCCAGUGGCAAGCUUUGUGUGUUUCCCAUUUGCUCCCUUUCCCAGAAGCUUUCAGUUUUGCCUGGCUCCACUGUGUUGGAAGGGGGAGUAACCUGGGCACAAAUGAAUACAAAAGUCAUUGGUUCCGUCACCUCCAAACUUGAUGCUAGUUUUCUGUUCUGGCUCUCAACAUCCUACUCUCCAGCCCCAGGCAUUUCUCAUUUAAUCAGCCUAUCUUAUCUUUUGUCCAAAGUUCUUCAUUUGCACAGCUUUGCCACUGGUAACCUGU